AUGAGCAAACGGGAGACUCCUUCUUCCUCCAAACAGCCCGCGUUGAAGAAACGGAGCUGCUCUCGGUGCAAUCAGAGGAAAGUGAAAUGCGAUAAGACGCACCCCUGUGGUGCCUGCAUGAAGGCCGGUAUCUCAUGCCAUUUUCCAGAACCGAAACGGGCGCCACGUAAACUGAACCGACCCCCGGUUAGGGAGCUGCUCAAGCGCUUGAGGCAGCUAGAGGAGGAAAUCGAGCACCUACGGUCUGCGCGUCCAGCUAUCGAUGACUCCGUGACGCCUUCGGCGCACAGCGAGCUUGAUAGGCACCAUACAUACCAAACGCCUCGCCCCAUAGCCCAAGAAAUUCCAUUAGGAAAGCUAACGGUUAAGGAAGGAAAGAGCCGGUAUGUUGAUGGGGAAGCUUCUGUAGCGCUAGGAAACCAAGUCGAAGAACUUCAAGAUUUGGUAGAGAGCUCUUCGGAUGAGGACUCCUACCCUUCUAAUAUCAACGCGGGCCCCUUUGGCUUGCCGCAGUCGGGUUUAUUUGGAAUUUACAGCCCCAACUGGUCCUUUGGCACUUUUCGUCGGCAUUAUCUCCAACCAACUCAAGUCGAGGCGCUUUGGCGCAUAUAUCAGGACAAUGUCGCGCCAUUGGUCGCCAUUCUCUACAAACCCACUCUGGCCCAGAUAGUACAGAACGCAACUUCUGGUGUCACUUUGGACUACCCUCGUGAGGCUCCGUUGUUAUCCGUUUGUUUUGCUGCCGUGGCCAGUGUGAAGCCGGAACAGUGUCCAUCGUUGCUUGGUCAAGACUAUAACACAGCUUUCCACGAUUACAAGUUUGCCUUUAUUUGUUUCCUUCAAGCUGCGGUGCUGUUUCUCCUGUGCUUUCGCGUUGGCGGCGACACACGGCUUACCUGGGCCGCAUCUGCUGUUGUCAUCCGUGUUGCACAAGGGCAGGGUGUUCACCGUGAUGGGCAAAAAUUCGGAUUAUCACCUUUCGACACUGAGAUCCGUCGUCGAUUGUGGUGGCAUAUCUGUAUCUUGGACAUGCUAUCCUCGGAAGAUCAGGGGAUAGAUACCCAAAUACAACUGGGAACGUUCGACACACAACUCCCAACCAAUGUUGAUGGUAAUGAUCUUACCCCUGAUAUAACAGAACUACCACCAGGUAAGCCUGGUUUUACGGAUAUCACUAUCUGCAUUAUUAUGGGCGAGACAUUCACUAAUCUAUACUGGCCACGCCGCUCGUUGAGCAAAGUCUCAGAGAUGUCCUCGAGUGACCGAGAAAACCACGUAAAGAUAGUGGGAGAGCGCAUCCAUCAAAAGUACAUCGAUCAUUUUGACUUGGAUAUCCCGAUCCAUUGGGUAUCCGCAAUGAUUGCGCGACUUCAUUUAUCCAAAGAAUGGCUGGCGGUGCAUUUCCAAACCUCAUCUGGCGGCCUCCGUGACCCGGAGCUUAUACAUGACUAUAUAGUUUUCUACACAGCAGUCGAGCUCGUCAAGUUUGCCUAUCUUUUGCAAAUUAAUGAGGACAUGACGCGGUGGAGCUGGCUAUGA